CUAAUUUCAUAUUCGGCGGCGAAACAUUCAAACGAAAACGGCAAGCAGAGAACGAGAAUUCACAAAAGUUUUAUUUGAAGGAGUUAUCUAAAACAUAAAAUGUUGACAAAAAACCAAAUUCGACACUUACACCUGGCUAUUACAUGUAUGGCUCGUGGUGUUGGUCGACGAUCUAAUCCUGGGAUCGGGCAUCAGCUCAGUAGCAUGGAAAGUGUUGAACAUUUAGAACAAGAUCCUGAAGGGUUCGGGAACUUGGAAUCGGAUUUUAUGACAACCAAUCAUAUGCAUCGUGAAUAUGAAUACGAAAUGAGUCAACAGCGUGAAAAAAUUCGCCACAUUAUGGUUAAACACAAAUACUUCCAUGAGACGAAGCUGCCGAAUUUGCUAACUUAUGCUGAGAAAGAGCAAAUGCGUACAUUGCAUUCACGUGACCCUGAGGAGUGGACAGCUGAUCGUUUGGCUGAAAGUUUUCCAGCUACACCGGAAGUCGUGAAGAAAAUAAUAACCGCAAAAUGGCAAGCGCGCAGUGAACAACGCAUACGCAAACACGAUGAAGUAGUUAUACAAAAUUGGGAAAAAUUCCGUUCAGAUCCACACUUAUUGAAAUUACCUCCCGAUUUUCAAGCUCACUUGCAAACGUUUGCCACGAGACGAACAGAAGACUUACUUUCAGUUUCCAGUGGCUUACCCCCUAAACCAGCUUUAUCGCGACCAACAAAACAAGAAUUUCUCUCCAUUAUUACAAGUUGUGACAAAUAUGCAAAAAAGGAAGAUGCACCAAAGAUCCCUUCGGGAAAUUCGCAAAUUAUGGAGAAAGUUCCAAAGGCCACAUCAGCUGAAGAAGAGACAUAUUUGCUACAAAAAGUAUACGACAAACGGAGAAUGCGCCUACAAGAGCUGAAAAAGUUUAAAUUAUCUCCAACCGAAUUAUCAGUUUGCUCUAGUGAGCUAACCAAUGACGAAAAUCAUACAGUUAAUCGAGAUGCGAUUGAACAGCAAUCAACUUCUAAAUUACACAACCCGAGCGGAACUGGAAUAAUUUCGAAGUCCCCACAUAAUAAUCCAUUCGCUGAUAUCAAUGCAAUCGAAAAAUAUGAAUGCAAUGAAAUUGUUAUCAGCGCUGAAGAUCAAAAACGCUUUGAAAUAACGCGCGUUAAAGAUCAUAUACAUAUUCCUCGCAAAGUAUGGCGCAAGGGUGGAACUUAUCGCGUAGAGGACGCGUAUUAUGAUGAUGAUGGGGAACUCCUAUAUCGUGUGCCAGGCAUGUCAAGAAAGAACAGAUAGAAGUUUUUCCUACACAAUAUAAAAAAAAGUUUUAUUACAAAAAAUAAAAAUUUAAUUUCAAUAUUA